ACUUUUAUCCCCCUCAUCUACUAAAAGUAUUACACCCCACUUUAAAUCUUAAGUCCGAGACAAAGAAUGAGACAUAUUAGUGGGAGAGGUGAUCUCAGUUCUUUUUGGACUUUUUCAGCUAAAGUAAUAGUUUAUAUAAGGCAAUUAUUAAUAAUAUGAUUAUUGUAGUGUGAACAUUCUAAAUCCAACUAUGCAGUAUUAGGAACCUUAUUGUCAAGUCAAACUUAGAGUUUUGCUAAAUGAAUCUAAUACAUUAUAAAUAUAUCUAUUCAAACCAAAAAAAAAAAAAAAAAAAACAAAUAAUAGGUUAAGAGUUUCCAGUUAAUCCUAUGGCGUCCAAAAUAAAACCCCACUUCUUUCCAAUAAUCUUAAUUUUGGCCCUUCUCCACAAGCUCAACUUCUCAAACGCCCAAACGACAAUAAAAUCUGCGUAUUGGUUCCCAGAGAGCGGAUUCCCAGCCUCAAGCAUAGACUCAUCACUAUUCACAGUUCUCUACUGUGCUUUCGCUUCACUCGACCCCCAAAACUAUCAACUCUUCAUUCCUUCCCAAAAUGCCCAACACUUCUCAACUUUCACCUCCACCGUCCAACGCCGCAACCCCUCCCUCAAAACCCUUAUCUCCAUCGGCGGUGGAAAUGCCAAUGCCCAAGAUUACGCCGCCAUGGUUUCCGACUGGAACCGCCGCCAAGCCUUCAUAAAAUCGUCCAUAAGCCUGGCCAGGUCCAACAACUUCCAUGGCCUCGACCUCGAUUGGGAGCACCCUGAAACUCCUGACCAAAUGACCCAAUUCGGCUACCUCGUCGACGAGUGGCGCACUGCCGUCGCCGACGAGGCUAGCACCUCAGGAAACCCGCCUCUGCUCCUCGCGGCGGCGGUUUCUUUCUCUUCCACACAUCAAAGUGAAAGUGGGUCAGCCGAAUACGUUGUCCCAGCCCUGGCGAGAAGCUUGGAUUGGAUAAACGUUAUGGGUUAUGACUUCUACGCGCCGGAUUGGUCUACUGUGACCGGACCUCCGGGAGCUCUGUACAAUCCGGGGAGGUCUGUCAGCGCUGACUCCGGUGUCCGAGCUUGGAUCCAGGCGAAGUUUCCGGCGAAUAAGAUAGUGUUGGGAUUUCCUUUCAUUGGAUAUGCUUGGACCCUUUCUAAUCCCGGUAACAAUGGAUACUUUUCUCCGACGAACGGAGCUGCUUUCCCGGACAAUGGAGCUUUAACUUACAAAAGGAUUAAAGAGUUAAUGGUUGAUAACAAGUCAAGUUUGACUGCGGUGUUUAACUCGUCUGUGGUCAACGACUACUGUUACUUUGGGUCCACGUGGAUCGGGUUUGACGAUACGCAAAGUAUUGAGACUAAAGUUAGGUAUAUUAAAGAAAAAAUGGGGUUACGUGGCUAUUUUGCAUGGCAUAUUGGAGGUGAUGACAAUAUGCUACUCUCUCAAACAGCUUCGAGUGCUUGGGGAUCAUAGAAAUACGUACCUUCUGAGUAUAGUUGGAUGACUGUUGAAAUUUCAGUAUUUAUGACUGAAUUGUAAUGUGUUUAAAGGUCUAAGCGUAUACGUUUAAACUUAUAUACAUAUAUAUAGUUAUUACUAAAUAAGGAAUUUUCAUAUAUAAAAGUUAUGUAAUCCAUGAUGAUGAUGAUAUAUCGACUUUAUGAUACUUGUCAAUAAAGAAAUUACAAAUUA